AGAUAAUACUGCCUCAGUAGACUCUUAUUUCCGUAUCAGCAUUCCUCUUGAACAGUCGGUCGGUUGUAAAUCCACCACAGCAUAAAUUUACUGCUUCUGCACGGCCAGCCAACCAUCCUACCGGUUGCCCCCUCCCCCCUUCGGCUCUUAGGCUUCCCGAACACAGCUCAGCCUUAUAUUAUUGGCCACACCCGCUUUCUCCAUUGUUCUCUUGCUGGCCCCAGUCUGCUUAGUUGUUCCGGAGUUACGAUACGAUCCACUGAAACAGCGCUUUUGCUGAGAAAUGCGGAUUCGGAUCGUCCGGAGUACGUCAAUCUGAACCAGGCUAAAAAAAAAAAAAAAUCCGCAUACAUCACACUACCCCCCCAUCGUCGACCAAAUGGGCAUGUCAAAGACCACCGUCUCUUUUUUUCUCCCAAUCUUCUUUUCAACACUCGUCAUCUGUGCAAUCGUCCUUUGUACCUGUGCAUACUGCUACAAACCAAGCUAUCUCUUGCGGCUUCAAGGGGGAGGAAGAGACCACGACCUUGAGAAGGCACCACGGGGACGGAUACUAGGAAUCAAAACAGAAGUUGCGGGAGAUCACCCAUCGGGCCGUCCCGGAGCAACAGCUUUCGUGGAAGUCGCUGACGGCGAGGUUAUUGACGUCCUCGAAGCGGUUCCCGAAGGUGAAGAAAUUGAUAUCAUUGACGCAGAUCGACCUUCAAGUUCAUCUUCCUCAGCGGGUAGCACAUUGUUUUUUGGACGUCCUUUUUUGGGUCAUUAUUUUUCCUUACUGUACCCCCCCUCCCUUCCUAAUAGUUACGAAAUGGGGUUGAGUCAGCUUCGGUGUUUUACGAUCGCCAUCACCGUUCUAGCACUGAUCUCAAAUGGCCUCUCCGCCUGUUUAUUCCAACAAUUCUCCAAUAAGCUUUACCAAAGUUCGGACAGCCUUGUUUUUUACAGUUACUUUGCAACUUUCGUUAGUGCUCUGGGCGUCCUGGGAUCUACCAAGCAACAUGCCUACGCUUUGUCGAUAUUUGCCAACUUCUUUAUCAUAGAUAGCAUAAUAUCAGCACUGUCACGGUCCAUCAUACUAUAUGUGUUCUCAACUUUCCGGGGCUAUAUCUGUGACGACAACUCGGGAAUUGACGGAGGGUUAUUGUCGAUGACGCUACCUCACGGCACCUUCCACCAGACAUCUUCGGACCGGCCAAAUAGGGUUAGUGCCUCACUAUGGGAUGGCAAUUGGGGUUGCAUAGAGUUGAUGCGAAUUUCGGUCAUGGUUGGCUGGGUUUCCCUAGUAGCUACUACGAUCAUCCAAGUCUUCUUUGCAAUUCUCGUACGCCAGUAUGCAAACUCAUUAUCCCUGAAGAGACAUGGUGACCCUGAAAGUGUGACUGUUUGUUUCGGGGAAUCUGUCAGGGAGAUGGACGGUCUGCCUGUUAACCAGAAUGGUGGUCCUCACCGUGCCAGGAGAGCUUCAGCUUCCUCGUGGACACCACCUCGAGAGCCUGAGAAGGUUUGUUAAAGAUGAUAUGAAUUGCCAAGCAGUUGCCGGAGGGAGACUGUAUCCAAGACGUGUAUAGAAUAUUCCUUGGGGGCGAAGCUAACUGUCGUGGCAUAACUGGCACCCCGAGAUGGGAUAAAAAGCAAGGGGAGCAGAUGGGCCGUCGGUUGGGGGGGAGGGUCUUUCGGAUUUACGACAUGGGAUAUCACUUUGUGGCUUUUGGGGGCUUCCUUUUUUCCUUUUUUCUGGGGUACUUGUACUCGUACAUCUACCGGUACUCGAGUACGAGUACUGGUUAUGGUGGCACGGAGUUCUCUUUUAUAUGCUAUGUACGGAAUGCUUGUACGCAUGCGUGUAUGUAUGUAUACUGAUGUUAUGUGUAAAUAUAAUGAUUUAGUAUUGCAA